AUGCCGUGCACCUCGUGGGGCCUCUGCGCCGCCAAGCCAAGCCGGUAUUCCAGGCCUCGGACUCGGACUCGGACUCUCCUAGGCUCCAGCUGUCAUGCCUCUCGCGGCUCUUUAGCUUACGGUGCAGAAUGUAACCCGCAGGAAAUCAAUAAAUCAGAGAAGCCAGAAAGCUGUGAUAAUGUGAAGGUCGUUGUUAGGUGCCGGCCCCUCAAUGAGAGAGAGAAAUCAAUGUGCUACAAACAGGCUGUCAGUGUGGAUGAGAUGAGGGGAACUAUCACUGUACAUAAGACUGAUUCUUCCAAUGAACCUCCGAAGACAUUUACUUUUGAUACUGUUUUUGGACCAGAGAGUAAACAACUUGAUGUUUACAACUUAACUGCAAGACCUAUUAUUGAUUCUGUUCUUGAAGGCUACAAUGGGACUAUUUUUGCAUAUGGGCAAACUGGAACAGGCAAAACUUUUACUAUGGAAGGCGUUCGAGCUGUUCCUGAACUUAGAGGAAUCAUUCCCAAUUCAUUUGCUCACAUAUUUGGUCAUAUUGCAAAAGCAGAGGGUGAUACAAGAUUUUUGGUUCGAGUGUCUUAUUUGGAAAUAUAUAAUGAAGAAGUUCGUGACCUUUUGGGCAAGGAUCAAACACAGAGGUUAGAGGUAAGAAUAAUUGAAAUUGGG